GGUGGAUCUUCCUGCUGAUCAGGAUCCUGGUUGGGAUUGGGCUCAGCUCAGCUCAGCCCACACGAGGAGCCAGAGGCAGGCGGCACGGCACGCAAGGAUCAGCUUCAUCCGCUGGAGAGACCUCUCCGUGACUGCAGAACCCUGCCGCAGUGUUUUCUCCAUCCCAAAUCCAUGGGGCAACGAGGCCUCCGCUUCGUGGCUUGGGCCCUACUUCUCCAGCUUGCAGCCACCAAACCAGGCAGCCAGCCAUGCGCAGCCCGGGACUUUGGCCAGGGGUCGACGGUGUGCGAAUGUGGGGCCGACUACUGUGACACGUUGGGGCCGGUGACCCUCCCGGCCCUGGGCUCCUUCGCCAAAUAUGAAAGCAACAAGGCUGGGCAGCGCUUGCGGAGGAGCGAAGGGGCCCUGCGGAGAGGGACCGCCGGGAACGAACGACUCGUCUUGCAACUCGAGCCCUCCCAAAAACACCAAAAGAUCAAGGGUUUCGGAGGAGCCCUCACCGACUCCGCCGCCAUCAACAUUCUUUCGCUCUCUCCAAAGACGCGGACCAACCUUCUCAAAUCCUACUUCUCCGAUGAAGGCAUCGAGUACAGCCUGGUCCGCGUCCCCAUGGCCAGCUGCGACUUCUCCGUCCGGCUCUACACGUACGCAGACUCCGAGGAGGACUUUGAGCUGGAGGGCUUCCGCUUGAGCGAGGAGGACACCGGGAUGAAGAUCCCGAUCCUCCAGCAAGCCCAGGCCGUGGCCCCCCGGACCCUCUCCUUGUACGCCAGCCCCUGGACCGCCCCCGCCUGGAUGAAGACCAGCGGGGCCUUGACCGGGCGCGGGACCCUCAAGGGGAGCCCCGGGGACAAGUACCACAAGACCUGGGCCCGCUACUUCGUCAGGUUCUUGGACGAAUAUGCCAAGCACAACGUGAGCUUCUGGGCCGUCACGGCGGGCAACGAGCCCACAGCCGGGGAGGUCAUCUUCUACCCGUUCCAGAGCCUGGGCUUCUCCGCGGAGCACCAGCGGGACUUCAUCGCCCAGGACCUGGGCCCGGCUCUGGCCAACAGCAGCCACAAAGACAUCCGCUUGAUCAUCCUGGACGACCAGCGCAUCUUGCUCCCGCACUGGGCCGAAGUGGUUCUCAGGGACCCGGAAGCUUCCCGCUACGUCCACGGGAUCGGCAUCCACUGGUACCUGGACUUCCUGGCUCCGGCGGGACCCACCCUCUCCAGCACCCACCGCCUCUUUCCCGGUUACUUCCUCCUCUCCACCGAAGCCUCCGCCGGGUCCUACUUCUGGGAGCCCAGAGUGAUCCUGGGGGGCUGGAACCGGGGCAGCAAGUACAGCCACAGUAUCCUGAUGAACCUCAACAACUUCGUCACCGGCUGGACCGACUGGAACCUGGCGCUGAACGUGGAAGGAGGCCCCAACUGGAGCAAGAACUAUGUGGACAGUCCUGUCAUCGUGGACGCGGCCAAGGACGUCUUCUACAAGCAGCCCAUGUUCUACCACUUGGCUCACUUCAGCAAGUUCCUCCCCGAAGGAACGCAGAGGAUCGGCGUCCAAAGCAGCCAACCGACCGGGCUGGAAUUCUCGGCUUUCCUGCGGACAGAUGGCUCUGCGGCCGUUGUGGUCUUGAACCGGAACCCAGAGGAUGUUCCUUUCUGUAUCUCCGAUCCGGACGUCGGUCACAUCGAGGCAGUGGCGACGGCCAACUCCAUCCAGACCUAUCUCUGGCAGAGGCCCAGCGGGAACGGAGAACCUCCCGGCCCCAUUCCAUGAAAGGGUUUUGAUGGAGGAGGAAGGUCCCUGGGGGCCAGGAAAGGGCCCCUAAUGGACCAAGAAGCCCAGGACGAGCACAGCUGGACCCCUGCCUUAUGCAGGGCCCGAUUCUAGCCUUGGUUGCCAUAUUGUGCUUCCUAAAUACCUCAUUCCUUUCUUUCCCUGGUGUUUCCUUACAAUAAAUGGCACCACCGUUCUUUUCUA